CCGACACUAAAACUUCCAGGGCUGCAAAUCACCCGGGCAAAUUAUGAGUUCAUUGUAUUAUGCAAAUUCUUUAUUUACUAAAUUUCAAUCUGCAAGUUCCGGCUUUCCAACAGUCUUUCCAGAGCAAACUUCUUGCUCUUUUGCGUCCAGUUCUCAAAGAACCAGCGGCUAUGUGUCCGGGUCCAGUGGCACCGCCUUCUCUCCCUCAAUGCCGGGGCUGUACGGCAACGGAGGGGCCGUGCUAUCCCAAAAUCAAAGCCUGUAUACGGAGGGCUAUGGUCUUAACGCCAGCUCCUUCAACAUGCACAGCUCCCCGUUUGAUCGUAACCUGUCCGCGAUGAACGCCGGAGACCCGUCCAAACAUUCCAGGUGCUGGAAAGCGGACCAGGGCGACUGCCACCAAGAAAGUGAAAGUUUUCGGAUUUAUCCUUGGAUGAGAAGCACAGGGUCUGAGAGAAAGCGGGGUCGGCAGACAUACACCCGGUACCAGACCCUGGAGCUGGAGAAGGAGUUCCAUUUCAACCGCUACCUGACCAGGCGGAGACGCAUCGAAAUCGCCCACGCGCUGUGCCUCACGGAGCGGCAGAUCAAAAUCUGGUUUCAGAACCGGCGCAUGAAGUGGAAGAAAGAGAAUAAGCCGGCCGACCAGAGCUCCAACACUGACGACAAACCAGGGGACGACGAGGAAGAGGAUGAGGAAGAGUAGCUUCAGAAGGAGGCGGACACUGAAGGGAGAUAACGACUACCUUACAACAACAACAACAAAAAAAAAGGGGGAAAAAAUUUAGUAGAAUUUAGUAGAACACACUACCUAUCAUGUUUAUCGGUUUGUACAUGUAAGUAUGCGAGGUCUACCUAGAAAUAUAUGGUUUAGUUAUCGUAAAAAAUAAACACUAAUUUAAUUUAUUUAUAUUUUCAUGUGAUGGAAAAUGCAUUUUCUAAUAGGGAGUAAUAGGCCAAAAGGGAACUUUGUUAGAAUGUUAGUUCUGUAGGCCUACCUAGCCUACUUCUAAAUUCAGCUACGUGUCUCUAAAGGAUUCUGUGUUCGUGUAUAUAAAUAUAUUUCAUUUGCUGUAUGUAUUAGGCUGCUUUUCUUUUAAUAUUGUUGUAAUUAUUAGUGGCAUUAUCUGCAUUUAGUUAUGUGUACAAUGUACGAUCUGUACAGUGGACCACCACGGGAACUUGGAAUGGA